CUCCAGCAUUGAAGAAAGAAAUGGUUUGAGCAUGACGUCACUAUACGAUAACGAAGAUAACAGCACUGGAACACAAGAAUGUGAAUAUUUUGAAGACUGCCAGUAGAUACCAAAGUUUCAGGCUGUCACUGCGUUUAUUGAUGCAACAAAUGUUCUAAGCAAAAAAGUCUACAAUUAUUUAAACAAUUCCAAAAAAAAAUAAGUCCUAGCCGUCGCGCUAUCUGUCGACAAAAUGUCGCAUUGUUGAUAGCACUCUUACAGUUUCCAUGCAGUUUCCCCAACCAAUGUUUUGAAGUUUGAGCUGUUUGUUUUGACGUUUACAUAACCUGUAUUCCGUGUAAUCCUGUUUUUCUUUAAUAAAACAUUCAGAAAAAUGUUAUAGUACAGCUAAAUACCUAUUUGACAACAAAUUAAUUUACGUUAUUGUGUAAAUCAUAUUAAUUUCCUUAUAAAAAUCCGAUAAAGCUUGAUUAACCAACUAACUUUAUACCAUGGAACGGGAUAUCCAAGGGGCUUCAGGGCCUGCAGAACCAUCUGAAAGCGAUUCAAAAGAGAAGAAACCUCCAGAGGAACCACCCAACCAACCGCUUAGCCCUAACGCUCUUAAGGUCGCAGCGACUGAAUGCCUGAACAGCUGGGUUAAUUAUUUACAAAUUCUGAACAGUAUGUGUUCUGCUGGACUGCGUUUAUCUCAAUCUUUGUUAACUCUUGCUCAAAUGCAAAAUGUCCACUUAGCAACUCUGUGCCAAACCAGUUGGGAAGAACUGACAAAAGCGACAAUUUUCGCCAGCAACUCGGUCAAGACUCACAUCGCAGCGGCGAUGCAAGACAUGAGUAUCGGAGACACUUUUACCGAAGCGGACGCCCAAAGACAACAAGACCACAACCAACAAAUCAUCACCGAAAACCUCCUAACUUUCAUCAACCUCCACUACCAAUUUUCCAUCGCCGGGUGCGAGUGUUUCGGCUCCAUGGCAAUGUGCCCCUCAUGCCAAGCCACUCCAGGAGGCAUCCACGACCCUGACUGCAGCAUGGCAGCCCUGCAACAGUGCUUCGCCCGCCUCUCAAUGCACGAAUCCCGCUCCCAAACCUCCAGCCCCCAUUUCUCGACACUGGACAGCCCCAAAGCUGGGGAAUUUCAGAAAGCGGAGUUGUCCCGACAGCAAAGCCCUCUCAGUACUGAACCAAGGGGGCCCUCGCCGUACCAGGAAGUGCACAGGGGGCCCAGCCCCAUUCAUGCAUUUCCUGAGGCGAUGCGGGGACCUGGCCCUCUUGAGACAAUCAGGGGGCCGUUUCCCAACCCGGGGCAACUUUUUACGAUGAAGUCGCCGUUUCCGGGAAGGGGGUCCAGGUCCCCGUUGCAUUUUCCACUGUUUCCGCUCAGUGGGCAAAGGAGGUGGUCGGAGGCGGCGGCUGCGGAGGUCGUGGGGGAUAGUGGGGACGGCACUAUGAGGCGGUGGUCCAUGCCUUGGGACUGUGGGCGGGUGGAGGCGGGGCCCUGGCAACAGAGGUAUUUGCCCACCAAGUUGGUGGUGCCGACGAGCGCUUCCCAGGAGAGGAGCAGGAGUACCACUCCAGAGGCAAUCCCGCAGCCUGGGACCAUAACAAGUGGCGAAGGCCUAGCCGAGGCAAUCCAGCUGCUUUCCUGUCGCCCGACUCGCUCCUCCAUUCCCCAGACCUCCCUCCCUGGCCACUCCCUCCCAGGGGGCCCCUUCAUCCCCCCUUGGGCCGAGACCCACGAAGAACGGAUGCACCGCAGAAUGUACCCAGGGCCGGCCUCCCAGAGGGGCAACUGGCAGUCCAUCGACGUCCCCCACGCCAGUGGGAUGUCCGUGACCGAACACUACGAUAUUUUUCCACCAGGGCUUCCAUUAACUUCUAGGAAAAGUAGCUCAUCGACGGAUUCGUCGUCGUGUCUUUCGAUUCACAGCAGGUCCACAACGAGCUCGUCUGAGAGGGGCUCCGACAGUGCUGCCAGUGGUGGUGACGCAAUAAGGCUUCAUACGAAUUUGUACUCGAUGUGGAGCGGCAGCGAACAUCUCCCCUUUAUCAGACUUCCAGAAUCUCAGGAACCACAAGACGACAGCGACACCGACGAUCCUCCCACGGAAAAAAGCGGGAAGUCGCCGUUUCCGAGACCAACAUAAGGUGUUUUGUGUUAAAUUUAAGAUCAUUCGCAAGGUUAGUGAUUGUUCCAGGCGUCUGGCACCGUGUGGUGGUCAGUGACUUGAAAUGAGUCGUGUAGGUGCAAAAGUCGCUAUUUGCUUGAAAUGAUUAUGAUUUUGAGGAAUCCAUUAAUCGAGUACCAAAAAUAAUCAAUUAUUUCGAUUCUAAUUAAUCGAUUAAACGGCUAAUUGAUUAAUAACCGUUUCAUCGACAGUUAAAAAAAUACAAUUGUUUACCUACUUUUAGACACCUAAUUCAAACUGGCAACAAAAACAAAAUAUGCAUAAGAUACCAUAAGAUACUAUGUACGAAUAUAUGCGUUUGUACAAAAAAGUAAUAACGAUUAAUCGUUUAAUCAACUAUUGAUUAAUCGGUUCAUUAAGUGAUAAUCGAUUUUUCAAAACUGUAAUCGAUUAAUAAAUUAAUCGAUUACUAUUUAUGAUAGAACCGAAAAAAACGGCUUUAGAUCCAGUGUUUGCCUACACUGUUGAUAAAUGCCAGCCACGUUCUAAAGACCGGUUUAUAGAAGCGUCAUUAAUUUAAUUCACAAUUAAAUGCGUAAUUAACUGUUCACGUGACCAAAUUGAACAAAUGUGAUUGGUCCAUUCGCGUUGUUACCUUUAACAACGAAUUAAAUUUUAACAAAGCUUUCUAUAAACCGGCCCUUAAACUGUUAACAUUUGGUUGAAAAAUUAGUCGUGUCUGUUAGACGGUAAUUUCGGAUUAUAAAAAUGAAAAUCGCAAAAAGCAAACAGCUGGUUUUGGAACUUCACGACUUAAAUUAAGUUGGCAAGAGCGAUAAAAAAAAGAAAGCCAGAAAUCAAUCGCAAUACUUUGGUGUACACACACAUCGGCGUGUAUUUAUUUCGAUUUUGGGUGUUAAUCGUCGAAAUGAAUUUAGAUAAGUUUGUCAUCACUCAUCCCAUGGCCUCCUUGAUGUAUGGAGACAACUUCGUUGUUCAGGCCUGGCGCAUCGA